CCAACUUGUACUUCUUUUUCCAUCAGCCAAUCUCUCAUCAAGAUGCUCAGGUCAAGGCUCGCUACUUCCCUCAAGCCAGCAGGCAACAUCACCAAAAGGUCCUUCGCCAAGUUCUCCUACCAGGAUCCACUCAACCUCACCUCCCUCCUCACCGAGGAAGAAGUUGCCAUUAGCGAAACUGCACGCGAUUACUGCCAGGAAAAGCUACAGCCGCGUAUCCUCGAUGCAUACCGCAAUGAAGUCUAUGAUCGCAAAAUCUUGAAUGAAAUGGGCGAGCUUGGUUUGCUGGGUGCUACGAUUGAUGGCUAUGGUUGUGCGGGUGUUUCCUCCACUGCCUAUGGUUUGAUUGCACGAGAGGUCGAGCGUGUCGACUCUGGCUACCGGUCGGCCAUGUCUGUUCAGUCGUCUCUAGUCAUGCAUCCCAUCAAUGCAUUUGGCACGGAUGCACAAAAGGAAAAGUACCUGCCCCGCCUUGCCAAGGGUGAGCUAGCUGGUGCUUUCGGUUUAACAGAGCCCAACCACGGUUCCGACCCGGCGAGUAUGGAGACAACCGCCAAAGAAGCACCUGGUGGCGGCUUCUCCAUCUCGGGCUCUAAAACGUGGAUCUCCAACUCUCCCUUUGCAGACCUCUUUGUCGUUUGGGCUAAGUGUGCUUGGGAUGGCAAGAUUCGUGGGUUUUUGCUUGAGCGCGGCAUGAAGGGUCUUGAGACGCCCAAGAUUAACGGCAAGUUGUCACUGCGUGCUUCAACCACCGGUAUGAUCCAAAUGGACGAAGUCGCGGUGCCCGCAGACAACUUGUUGCCUGGCGUCGAGGGACUCAAGGGUCCUUUUUCAUGCCUCAACAAUGCUCGAUUCGGUAUUGCCUGGGGUGUCAUGGGUGCGCUUGAGCAAUGUCUAGAGCUCUCUCGGCAGUACGCACUAGACCGUCAGCAAUUCAACCAGCCCCUGGCCAAGUUCCAGCUCGUCCAGCAGAAAUUGGCAAAUGCAGCGACUGAUGUGGGUUAUGGUUUGCUUGCUGCGCUACAAGUCGGCAGGCUCAAGGAUUCAGGUGAUCUGGCAGUGGAGAUGGUGUCUAUGAUUAAACGCCAGAACUGCGAGCGUGCCUUGCAGGGUUCUCGUUCACUGCAGGAGAUCCUGGGAGGCAAUGCAGUGGCGGAUGAGUACCAUAUUGGCCGCAUUUCACACAACUUGCAUGUUGUUGCGACGUAUGAAGGAACCUCGGACGUGCACUCACUCAUCCUGGGCCGUGCCAUCACGGGCAUCCAGGGCUUCUACUAGUUCUUCGUAAAGUAUAAAAGCAUUCGUCCCCUUUUACUCUACAAAACUCCCCGCGAAUUGAAUCGACACUUGCAACGACACCAACCAGCAAAGACAUAGCAGCAUGAGUGAGUCUGGUCUUCCCGAAGGCUGGCAAGUACGACACAGCAAGUCGCGAAACCUGCCUUACUACUUUCAUGCGAAAACAUCCGAAUCGCGCUGGGAACCUCCUGCCGGCACCAACACGGAUUUACUUGCGGUGUACAUGGCUUCUCACCAUUCUGGAGGCGGACAAGCG